CCCCGGGCUGGCUGAGGGGAUGGGGAGGUGACAACGUGCCUGUUCCCAGGUUGCCAAGUAUGUGUGGCACCGGAGGGACCUGCUGGCGCUCAACCUCAGCCGUGUCGACUUCCUCCUGGGCCUCUUUGAGCCGGGUGACAUGGUGUACGAGCUGGACAGGAACAAUGAGACGGAUCCGUCCCUCACCGAGAUGGUGGCUGUAGCCAUCAGGAUGCUCCAGAAAAACCCCCGGGGGUUCUUCCUCCUGGUUGAAGGGGGCCGCAUCGACCACGGGCACCACGAGGGGAAGGCAAAGCAGGCGCUGCACGAGGCGGUGGAGCUGGACCGGGCCAUCGGGCUGGCCACUCGCCUCACGUCGGUGCAGGACACGCUCAGCGUGGUCACCGCCGACCACUCGCACGUCUUCACCUUCGGCGGCUACACCCCGCGAGGGAACCCCAUCUUCGGUCUGGCUCCGAUGCAGAGCGACGUGGACCGCAAACCGUUCACCUCCAUCCUCUACGGCAACGGCCCCGGCUAUAAGAUAGUGGCAGGGGAGCGCGAAAACGUCUCCGCUGUGGAUUUCGCGCACGCUGACUACCAGGCGCAAUCAGCCGUGCCCCUGCGCCAGGAGACCCACGGCGGGGAGGACGUGGCCGUCUUCGCCCGCGGCCCCAUGGCCCAUCUCCUGCACGGCGUCCACGAGCAGAACUACAUCCCCCACGCCAUGGCUUACGCCGCCUGCAUCGGCUCCAACCGAGCCCACUGCAACGCUGCCGUCCGCCCCGGUGCCUCCGUGCUGCUGCCCUUCCUCGCUCUUCUCUUCCUCCUCUGCUAAAGUGCCUCUUGCAAAGCACCGAAGGGGUGUGUGUGCGAGGGGGGAUUUAUUUUUAAUUCCUGCCUCCCUCCUCCCUUCUCUUUGGGUUUUUGUGGAUGGCAGCGCCCGGGAAAGAGGAGAGCAAAAAAGAAAGACUCAGCGGAGCAAAAAAGCAGCCGCCGGCGGUUUCGUGCUGGGAGCUGCCUCUGUAAAUACACGGUUCCUUCCCCUGUAA